CCGUUACCCGGGCGUUUGCAUCGACAGCUCUAUACCGAAGUGUUGAAAACAUAACGACGCGUAGUACCUGCCUUUGACAGGCCGCCAAAAUAGCGAACCCAAUUGAAACCCACCACCACCACCACCACCACCACCACCACCGCCAUCCCCGCAAACUCCAAGUCCGUCCAGGCAACCACCCCAACUGCGACGACAUCAUCCGCGAAGCUUCCCGCUCCCCCUCCCCUUACGCCCACGCUCGACGAGUUGGACGCGGCGCCCACUCUCCCUCUCCAGCACAAACUCGAGAUCGCAAUCACAACAUGGCCGACCAAGCGAUGAACGGCGUGAAAUCCGCCCAAGGCGCCACCUCCGGCCUGCAGCAAAAAGUCCAAAGCACCACCACCGGCAUCCUCGGCAGCAUCGAAGGCUUCGGCGGCUGGAUCUCCGCCAAGGGCAUGCAGCUCGUCGACCGCAUCUUCCCGCCCGAGCAGCGCGCCAGCGUGUUGGCCAAGCUGCAGGCGUUCAUGCUGCGCAAUCCCAAGUUAUCCGCCUUCCUCGGCAUGAAUCUAGCCUUAACCGGCAUCCCCCUCGGCCUGUUCAUCCUCUUCACCCUCACCGUCGCCAUCUUCGCCCUCGUCGUCGGUCUCCUCCUCGGCUUGCUGGCCGCAGUGGUCUUCAUCGUCUUCGCCGUCGGGACCGCGCUCAUCUUCGUCUUGCCCGCCGUCUUCUUCACAACCAUGACCGCUUGUUUCCUCUUCCUGUGGGGAUUGGGCGGGUUCUACAUCCUCAAGUGGCUGCAGGGCGGCUCCGGCUCCGAAGGAGGAGAGGGUGGUAAGGAAGGCGGUGCCCCGAUCGGAGAUCGACUCAAUGCCAUGACUGGAGGCCGACUGACGGGGUUCAUGGACGCGGCCAAGGAGGAGAGGGCUAAGGGCGAUAUCAAGGGGUUCGGGGACGAGCAUCUCAAGCCGGACCAUAGUACUGCGCCGCCGAAGACGGCGAAGAAGGAGCACGGGGAGCAUGGCGAGCAUAACGAGCACAAGGAGGAGAAGAAGAAGCCGGCGCCGCAUCAGGCGAAUGGGGAUGUCAAGAAGGAGUGAAAGGCGGCCUGAGCGGUGCCACUGGGCUGGCAUAACGAAGCUGUCCUGCUCCACAUACACGUAUCCGUUAUCGAAGCUUAGAAUGUGAGAAGGGGAAUCCCGCCCCCUCUCACCAAGACGACGGCCACUUGCCCAUCCUUCCCAACCGAGGACUGCAUCCUCCGUGCGGUAUUCCUCGCCCCACCACCUCCUCUCAUUGUGCUCGUGUUC